GACCAGCAUCCCAGUACAAACAACUUCUCCGGCCAUUCCUGACGUAAGCAGCUACAUACAUAGUAGUAGCUCGACACAAGCCCUCGACGGACAUCGAAUCUCCCGCUCCGAACGCGAUGGAGGAACAUGUGGAGGUCGUCGACGUCAGAAAGCUCAUGACUCGCUGCGUACUACUGUUUUUUUCCGUUUUCCUCGCAUCAUCGCAUCGUCAGCAUCGCAACUGAACAGCUCACUGCUUCCUACACCUACAAAGUUUAUCACCAUGGCAUCGGAUACUAAGAUGCAGUAUGUACGGCUGGGAAACAGCGGCCUCAAAGUGUCCAAAAUCAUCCUCGGCUGCAUGUCCUAUGGAGAUCCUGAGUGGUCUGAGUGGGUUCUCAAGGAAAAGGAAGCCAUUGAGCAUAUUAAAUAUGCGUAUGAACAGGGUAUUAAUACCUUUGACACUGCGGAUAUGUACUCCUGCGGUGCAUCGGAAGAAAUCCUGGGAAAAGCUAUCAAGGAGAUAGGCUGUCCUCGUGAAAGUGUGGUGAUUCUAACCAAAGUUUAUAUGCCUAUCAACCAUAAUAGCCACAAGCGGCCCCCCAACAUGCCCGACCUCGACAAGUCUGGUUAUGUCAAUCAAUAUGGAUUGAGCCGAAAGCAUAUCUUUGACUCUGUUCAAGCGUCCCUCAAGAGACUUGACCUAGAAUACAUUGAUGUCUUCCAAUGUCAUCGCUUUGAUUACAACACGCCCAUCGAAGAGACUAUGCAAGCAUUGCAUGAUGUCGUUCAAAGGGGUUGGGUAAGGUACAUCGGCAUGUCUAGUUGUUGGGCCUAUCAAUUCCAUGCCAUGCAGAACUAUGCCAUCAAUAACCGACUUACUCCGUUCAUCUCGAUGCAAAACUUCUACAAUGCAUGUUAUCGCGAAGAAGAGCGCGAAAUGAUUCCUACCUUGAAGAUGUUUGGCGUAGGCUGCAUCCCAUGGUCCCCUUUGGGUCGGGGUUUCCUUACUCGUCCUUGGAAAGAUGCGUCUUCCACUCGAGCAAGUUCUGACGACUAUUUCAAGACUGUCGGUUUUGCUAGCCCCGAGGAGUCGAAAAAGCGUGUCAAUGAGGGCGUUCAGAAAGUCGCGGAUAAUCGCGGAAUAAGUAUGGCUCAGGUCGCUCUGGCAUGGAAUUUGAGUAGGGAUUUUAUUACCGCGCCUAUUGUCGGCACGACCAGUCUUGACAAGCUGAAGGACCUCCUUGAUGCUAUCAACAUCAACUUGACUGAUGAGGAGAAGAAAUUGAUCGAGGGUCCCUAUGUACCUCAGCUGGUCAUACCUAAGUAUGUAAAUGAAUGUAGACAGGUAAACCUUUUGACAGUCUGUCAUUUGCCAUCCCAUGAUGCAGCAGAAUCCCUCCGAGGGCUUUGAUUCAGCCAUGAUUAAGUUCCUACAAUGCUGCCUAUUCAUCUGUCUCAUCGUUCAGAUAUGAAACAAACUCUCUACCGAA